GAGAGAGUCGCCUUUGUGAACAAUUUGAAUGAAUUGAAGACCAAAGAAGCAUCAGGAAUUUGGAUUGAAGCUCGCAAUUAUGCCAGGUGGACAUGUUUUGGAGGAGGAUCUUGUGGGUCCCGAGUGGCUUUUCAGAGAGCUCAGAUCCCAGGAUGGCUCUGGCAGGCUUCUUAUCCUUGACUGCAGGGCACAUUCUGAUUUCUCUGAAACUCACGUGAGAGGUUCAGUUCCUUUAGCUAUACCUAGUAUCAUGUUGAGAAGGCUGGCGGUGGGUAAAGUUGAUUUGCUGUCGACGAUAAGGUGCUUAGAUCUAAGAAAUAGAGUCGAAGUGUUUCUCCAUGGUGGUGAUGAAAAUAAUAGAGGGACAUUCGUGUUGAUCGGUGACUCUACAGACCCUGCAGGACAUCAGGGCGAAACUAUUCAAGUUUUGAGCAGGAGAUUUAGAAGCAGCGGAGGAUGCGUAGCUAUUUUAAGUGGUGGUUUCUGUGCGUUCAGAGAUAAAUAUCCUGAGUGGUGCGAAGGCAGUCAAGUUGGCGGGGAAUGCCCUCCAGGCCAGGACUCUAACGAAGGUGAAUUGAUGGGUCUCAGGUCCCUUCGAAUAUCCACUCCACCGACAAGGUCUUAUUCAGAUUCCGACAGUGAUAGUACAUGCGAUUCUGUUGGACCCGACGACGACAAAGACUUUCCGGUCGAAAUUUUGCGCCAUUUGUAUCUCGGGAACGCAGCCAAUAGCAUGGACAGGGAAGCGUUAGCGCGUCACAGGAUACAAUACAUUCUCAACGUAACCCCGGAUUUGCCAAAUGUAUUUGAAAGCGCUGGUUCGAUAAAAUACAUGCAAAUACCCAUAAGCGAUCACUGGAGCCAGAACUUGGCUAGUUUCUUUCCGCAAGCAAUUCAAUUCAUUGAGGAAGCACGGAACUCGGAGAAAGGAGUGCUGGUUCACUGUUUAGCCGGAGUGUCGCGGUCCGUCACGAUUACCGUAGCCUAUCUAAUGCACAAGUGUAGUCUCAGUCUAAACGAUGCUUUUAACCUAGUACGUAGUCGAAAGUCGAAUGUCGCUCCGAAUUUCCAUUUUAUGCAGCAGUUGCAUAGCUUCGAGAAGGAGUUGAGAGACCGGGGCGACAGAAGCAGAGGUAACGACCAGAGAUGCAUCGGCGCGUGCAGACCUGGUGGUCCGUGCAACUGUCCCGCGCCCAGUUUCCUCAGUCCCAUUGACCUGGGUCUGAGUCCUGAUUCAGGUAUAGAAUUCGAUAGAUGGGCGGCUAGUACGCCGGCCGAAUGAGACGGGCCAGGGGGGACCCAAUAUAAAUUUUAGGUCCCUCCUAAACGUGGUGCCGUAUGCCAUAUAGUAUAAAAAAGAAAGGAAAAGCCCUAAUUGAAGGGUACGGGAAACGAAAUUUACAUUCAGCUAGGAAA